CCCCUUCCUCCAUCUCCGACCUAUUUGUACGCGCAACUCUCGCUUGACGCCGCCGCAAAGCGCGAGCCCGCCCCGUCGAGUGCAGCUGCCAUCGUCGCCAUCGUCUAUUUACCACCGACCGAUCCCCGGAGGCGUCCGUCCGUCAGAGCGUCGUCGCUCGCGCGAGGAGGAGGGAGGUCGCGCGCCGGUCCAUGGCGGCGGCGGCAACCUCCGUGCGGGGGUGCGGCCCGGCGUCGGCGUCGUCGGUGGGGCUCUCGCCGCGUCGGGCGCUGCAGCGGUCGUCCUUCUUGCCGCCCCUGCCGCGGCGGGCGUCGUCCGUGCGCGCGCUGCGGGCCGCGGUCGCGGACGCGCCGCACCGGGGGCUGGAGCUCCGGCGGGAGGGGCGGGAGGCGGGGCUGCUGGAGGCCGUGAUCGGGGGAGACGGCGAGGAGGUGGAGGAGGUGGUGGGGGAGGAGAGGGUGGAGGGGUGGAUGCGGGAGUCGAUCGCGGAGAUCGUGCGGCACGUCGGGGAGGCGCCGUUCCUGGUGCACCUGUUCAGCGACGGGCGGGAGGGCGUCACGGUGCGGCGCGAGCCGGCCUCGGCGGAGGCCUGGCCCGACGUGCGCCGCCGCUGGGGCCCGGGCGGCCAGCGCCGGCCCGACGGCAUCAUCCUGGUCGAGCAGGUGGCCGCCGCGGCGGUCGAGGACGGCGCCGAGGCGGCGCGCCAGGUGUGGGGCCUGGUGGUGCAGGCCCGCGGGAUGGAGUGCGCCGCCUGCUACGUCCUCGACACCUGCCGCGUCCGCUCGCCCGCCGGCUUCUGCACCCACUUCUGCCUCGCCCGGGCGCAGUGCUUCGGCGAGCCCCUCGAGCUCCAGCUCCGCAACGCCUGGCUCAACCGCCUCUCCGGCAACCACCGACGAUAGCCGCCGCCUCCGCCACCGAUGUACCACUACUAGCAUAGAAGAACCUCCCUCCGCCACUGAUGCGAUUGCCUCCGGUUCGGCUGGGAAGAACGGACCGAUCGAAGCAUGAAGAUUCAUCGGGAAGAAUGCAAGAACCCCCAUUGAUCGAUUCUUUUCUUGCUUUCCGCUCUAGCUUUUCCCCUGCGCGCGAGAUGGGCGUAUCGUGAUCGAGUAAUUGGAAUCACGAACCCCGCCCGCGUUUGAACCUGUACAGAUUACUGAUUGUAUUGCUUGAUUAUGAAUUGAAAAGCAACUAGUAUUGAUCAUGAA